AGAAAGCUUCCAAACUCGCCCAAAUUUGGGAGGGAAACCAAAAUUUCAAGAGCUUCAGAUCUUUCGCGCCCAAGAGACCAGAAGGGUCUUCGAUCGGUCUUUCUCACUGCGGGCUGGUUGGCAGCGCUUUGGUUCCUUUCUGUAGCUUGCAUAUUCUCACAAAUCUUCAUCUCGCAAUCUAUCAUAGUCUAGAUUCUUGUGUCAAUAUGAUGCUCUCUUCUGCUCUUCGUUCUGGGGUUUUGCUCUCCUUUCUUCUCUCUGCUUCUGCCGAUAGCUUCCGCCGAGUGCUGCCUGCCAAAGCAGAGCGUCAAAGUAGUGAUGGCAGCAUGGGCGGCCCUGCUGAAUUUUCAGGAGACGGAGACGGCAUGGCGGGACCCACCUGUCGAUCUGCACCCUUGGAACCUCCUUUGGCUGGUGUCAUGCCUGGCAAGGAUCGCCCUCAUGUGAUUCUUGCUCAAGAUGUGGAUUAUCCUCCUUAUGCUCAGUUGGGUCCUGCCUCGGAAGAUUACCCCACCUCUGGAUUUGGUCCCGACUUUGCGUCAGGAAUGAUGGGAGUCUGCGACAUUGACGUUACCUUGGUUCAGACGCAAUGGGCUCGGUGCUGGGAAAGUGAUCGUAUUGGACAAGGAUUGGCCUUGGGAGAAUUCCAUGGCUGCUCCGCUUACACCCACGCCAGUGGAGUCCGCAACCGGUACUUGGAAUUCUCAGAUCCCAUUCUCGAUGACAGCAAGGCUGCUGGUAUUUUGACUCGUUUGGAAAAUGGGGUUCCUGUGAUUGAUGGAAACAGCAACCUCGAUGGAGUCAAGAUUACUACGGUUGUUGGGUUCGCUCCUACAGAAGACAACUUGGCCAUUGUUACCAAUCAAUGUACAGGAGAACCGUAUUCGGGAUACGAAUGGGUGGAACCCAGCUUCACGACUGACUAUCCCAACGAUGAUGCUUUGCGCACUGUUCUGAAUGGAGAUGCCGAUGCCAUGUGGGUUUACGCUGAUCAAGCAUUUCGCAGCGGCUGUGCCGAGAAUGACAACCCGCCAUGGGAUUGCGAGCUUUGGGACGGUCUUGGUGAUACCUUUGCCUAUGUGCAGACUGGCAUGUUUGAAUGGGCUCGAGCUGGUACCACUCUCACGAUUGCCAAGAAGGGCGCUGGAGUUGCCGACGUCGUGAACCCAUGCAUUGCAGCUUUCCUUCAAACGGAAGAAUACUACAACUUGUGCGAGAAGUACGACUUUGUCUCAGAAUGCUUUGUCAAUGACUACUUCCCAGAUGCUGUGGUGGAAGAUACAGUCGUCUUCGACUUACCCACAUCUGAACAGACAUCUACCUGCAAUUUCGGAUACUGCCCGUGUCCAGCUCGCUAAGCGGGUGAUUGGAUUUGGCGACUGGCUGGGGAAAGAAGCUUUCAGUCUCCACUUCUGUUUUGUUGUACCGUAUCCGUUGCAUUCCUUUGAUGUCCAAUGAAUAAUUACCAAUAGCUUGUGACUGGGGUACCGGUAGUGUACAUGUGUAUACCGUAUGGGGCAACUUUCGGACUCCCGUGACAAUGCCAACAGUGAAUGCGUAUUACUGCGUAACUGCGCAUAACUACAUACAAAAAUGUCAAAAUUCAGCUUUCUUUAGAACGUUACUGUACUGGCGCGUAACUGCUUCUUACCUCAUGUGUUGUACAGCAUGCGGUUGUGCCCUGUUGUGGUGGGUAAACAUAUGGUUGCCCCAUACCUGUACCCCUGAGAUUUGACAGUUCCUUGCUCUGAAGAUUUUUCGUCGCUAAGGUCAGAACGGGGAUUUUUUACAAACGUGAAGGGUGCGUCGCCGUUGGGUUUGAAGUUUGAAGGGCCCGAAAUCAGGAUUCUAAGAAUCCAAUUUUAAAAAUUGGUCAAUUCCAAUCUAAAAUAUAAAAUCGAACCCUAAAUAUAAAACCGAAACCAAAUUACUACGGUAAAUAACUAGUAAAAUCAAACCAAAACCAAAAUACAAACCAGACUUUUAAUAUAUAUUCGAAACCUAAAUAUAAAAUCG